AACAAUCUCAAACCAAUCUUGACCACUAGCGACUACAAGCUCGAGAAUAUUCACAAUGAAUUCGCAAUUUUUUGUAUUAACUGUUUUGAUGUGCUUCUUGGGUGGCUCUUUGGCCAUAAUGCCUGACUAUAUUCAGGUGUGCCAUCGUCAUGAGCCCGAAUUGUCCAAGUGCCUGAAGAACAGCGUUCACUCUUUACGCCCGUAUUUGGCCAAGGGUAUCAAGGAAUUGAAUAUCCCUCCAUUGGAACCACUUUAUAUUGGCGAUCUGAAUAUUCUGGAUGGCUCUGCUGGGCUUACAGUUCUGGUUAAGAAACUGAGCAUUAAAGGUGCCUCUAAUUUUGAGAUCACCAAAUUGCGUGCUUCUAUUCCGAAUAAGCGUUUCGAUUUCGAGUUAAUUUUGCCGCAUUUGCAAGGCGAAGGUCUCUAUGAGCUCAAUGGCAAUGUUUUGGCACUACCCAUCAAGGGCAAAGGACCAUUUACCGGCAAUUUCACCAACUUUGUUGCCUAUGUUAAAGUGACAUAUGAUGUUAAGAAUGUCAACGAUCUGGAAUAUUUGCAAGUCAAGGACUUUGUUCUGAAGAUUCGCACUGGCAAGGGAAAUCUGAAACUGGAAAAUCUUUUCAAUGGCGACAAAGUUUUGGGUGACGUGAUCAACGAUACGAUUAAUCAGAAUUUCGAAUCAUUCACUAAUGAGAUAAUUGCGCCAAUUGCCCGUGCCCUGCAGGAAAAGUUCCUAGUCAUUACCACUAAAAUUCUGGAGAAUUUCACCUACAACGAACUGUUCCCUGUUUAAGUUGUAACCUUGGAUUGCGCUCAAAAACAAUUAGUAAUAAGUUUGUGAUACACUUGAUUUCUAUAAAAAUAAUUAGUAUUUAAAAUUAUUGCAUAU